AUUAUGACGGGGCGGAGGAGGUUCUUCUGACUAGACUAGACAUCAUGAGAGAUGACGGGGCGGAGGAGGUUCUUCUGACUAGACUAGACAUCAUGAGAGAUGACGGGGCGGAGGAGGUUUCUUCGGACUAGUACUAGACAUCAUGAGAGUAUGACGGGGCGGAGGAGGUUCUUCUGAACUAGGCUAAGACCAUGAGGGAUAACGGGCGGGGAGGUUCUUCUACUGGACUAGACAUCAUGAGAGAGUGACGGGGGUCGGAGGAGUUCUCUGACUAGACUAGACAUCAGGAAGAUGACGGGCGGUAGGAAGGUUCUUUCUUACAGACUAGACAUCAUGAGAGAUGAAGGGGUCUGCGUCAGGUUCUUCUGACUAGACUGACUUACUCCUGAGAGAUGACGGGCGGAGGAGGUUCUUCUGACUAUACUAGACAUCAUGAGAUUAUGACGGGGCGGAGGAGUUCUUCUGACUAUACUAGACAUCAUGAGAGAUGACGGGUGCGGAGGAGGUCUCUGACUAGACUAGACAUCAUGACUGAUGACGGGGGCGGAGGAGGUUCUUCUGACUAGACUCGACAUCCAUGAGAGUGAAGUGGCGGCGGAGGUUCUUCUGACUAGAACUAGACAUCAUGAGAGAUGACGGGGCGGAGGAGGUUCUUCUGACUAGACUAGACAUCAUGAGAUUAUGACGGGGCGGAGGAGGUUCUUCUGACUAGACUAGAUAUCAUGAGAGAUGACGGGGCGGAGGAGGUUCUUCUGACUAGACUAGACAUCAUGAGAGAUGACGGGCGGAGGAGGUUCUUCUGACUAGACUAGACAUCAUGAGAGAUGACGGGGCGGAGGAGGUUCUUCUGACUAGACUAGACAUCAUGAGAGAUGACGGGCGGAGGAGGUUCUUCUGACUAGACUAGACAUCAUGAGCGAUAAUGGGGCGAAGGACGUUCUUCUGACUAGACUAGACAUCAUGAGAGAUGACGGGGCGGAGGACGUUCUUCUGACUAGACUAGACAUCAUGAGAGAUGACGGGGGGGGGGGGGGGGGGGGGGAUGCUGAGGCUGAGUGGUGCACCUGGUAGCUGUCUUCCUCCAUGAUGAUUAUGAUGAUGAUGAUGACGAUGUCAGUCUUCUCGGCUGUGAAGGUAUAUUAUUACACACAGCUGUGUGUGUGUGGCUGUGUGUGUGUGGCUGUGCUGACGGAGGCUGAGCUGAGCCUAUUUAUAUCAGUAGGCUGCACUUUGUACUGUAAAGGGAUUAUGAAGACUGUCCAACCUAUACCCUAUGGCCAAAAUACAUUGAAAAUACUUUCGAAAAUAUUAUGUUUUUUGGUGAAAAAAACUUAUUGUGCACGAUGGGAUAGAAUUACAUAUAAAAUAUGAAUUAUAGGAUCUCUUUGUUCGAAACAACAGUGUCUGUUGCCAGUGUCUGUUGUGCUAAAACUUGUGAUAUUGAGGAGUACUUGAGAGGACACAACAUGAGGACUGAUUGUACAGAAUCAUCUCUGGGAACCAUUGUGUCAGUGCUGGUAAGGAACUGGAGCCCUGCCUGCACAGGAAAUGGCGUUCAUUUAUUAAGCGUCCCCAGGGAAACCAGAGUCACCCCUGCUGGGAUCUCAUUUCACUGGGAUUGAUCCAGCUGAGAUUGCUGUGCUGCAUCCCAAAUGGAACCUUAUUCCCUAUGUAGUGCACUACAUUUGGUGGGGGAGGUGGGGUGGGGAGAGAGGUGGGGGAGGUGGGGAGAAGAGAGAGAGGUGGGGGAGGCGGUGGGGGAGAGUAGAGAGAGAUGGUGCGGUGAGGGGGGAAACAGAGAGAUGGGGGAUCGGUGGGGGAGGUUGAGGAAAGACGGGGGGGGGGUGGGGAGGGAGAGGACUGCGGGAAGGGGGGGGAACAGAGAGUGGGGGGGUGGGGUAGAACGAGAAAGACGGGUGGGGGAGGGGGGUGAGAGAGAGAGUGGGGGGGGGGAGAAAGAAGAGGGGGGGAGGGGGGGAGUUGGCGAGGGGAGGCGGUGGGGAGAGGGGGGGGGAGGUGGGGGAGUGGGGAAGGAGAGUGGGGGAGGAUGGGGAGCGGGAGGGAUGUGGGGAGAGAAGAGUGGUGGGGAGAAGAAGGUGGGGGAGGUGGGGAGAAUAGACUUUUUGGGAGGAAUAUGACCUUGUUGUGGAGAGAAAUACUUGGGGGAAUCUUGUGGAGAAGAUACCUGUUGUGGAGAAUAUACUUGUUGUGGAGAAUAGACCUUGUUGUGGAGAUAUACAUGUUGUGGUAGAAUUACUUGUUGUGUAGAAUUACUACCUUGUUGUGGAGAAUAUACCUUGUUGUGGAGAAUAUUACCUUGUUGUGGAGAAUAUACCUUGUUGUGAGAAUAUACCUUGUUGUGCAGAAUAACCUGUUGGAGAAUAUACUUGUUGUGUAGAUAUACCUUGUUGUGGAGAAUAUACCUUGUUGUGGAGAAUAUACCUUGUUGUGUAGAAUAUACCUUGUUGUGGAGAAUAUACCUUGUUGUGUAGAAUAUACCUUGUUGUGUAGAAUAUACCUUGUUGGAGAAUAUACCUUGUUGUGUAGAAUAUACCUGUGUGUGGAGAAUACCUUGUGGGAGAAUAACCUUGUUGUGUAGAAUAUACCUUGUUGUGUAGAAUAUACCUUGUUGGAGAAUAUACCUUGUUGUGUAGAAUAUACCUUGUUGUGGAGAAUAGACCUUGUUGUGGAGAAUAUACACUUGUUGUGGAGAAUAGACCUUGUUGUGUAGAAUAUACCUUGUUGUGGAGAAUAUACCUUGUUGUGGAGAAUAUACCUUGUUGUGGAGAAUAUACCUUGUUGUGGAGAAUAUACCUUGUUGUGUAGAAUAUGCCUUGUUGUGUAGAAUAUACCUUGUUGUGGAGAAUAUACCUUGUUGUGUAGAAUAUACCUUGUUGUGUAUAAUAUACCUUGUUGGAGAAUAUACCUUGUUGUGUAGAAUAUACCUUGUUGUGGAGAAUAGACCUUGUUGUGGAGAAUACACAUUGUUGUGGAGAAUAUACCUUGUUGUGUAGAAUAUACCUUGUUGGAGAAUAUACCUUGUUGUGUAGAAUAUACCUUGUUGUGGAGAAUAGACCUUGUUGUGGAGAAUAUACCUUGUUGUGGAGAAUAUACCUUGUUGUGUAUAAUAUACCUUGUUGUGGAGAAUAUACCUUGUUGUGUAGAAUAUACCUUGUUGUGUAGAAUAUACCUUGUUGUGGAGAAAUAACCUUGUUGUGGAGAUAUAACCUGUUUGUGGAAGAAAUACCCCUUGUUGUGUAGAAAAAACAAAUUAUACCUCGUGGAGAAUAUACCUUGUUGUGGAGAAUGACCUGUUAUGGGAGAAUAGACCUUGUUAUGGAGAAUAUACCUUGUUGUGGAAAAUAGACCUUGUUGUGGAGAAUAGACCUUGUUGUGGAGAAUAUACAUUGUUGUGUAGAAUAUACCUUGUUGUGUAGAAUAUACCUUGUUGUGUAGAAUAUACCUCGUUGGAGAAUAUACCUUGUUGUGGAGAAUAUACCUUGUGUGGAGAAUAUACCUUGUGGUGGAGAAUAUACCUUGUUGUGGGAGAAUAAUCCCUUGUUGUGGAGAAUAGUACCUUGUUGUGUAGAAUAUACCUUGUUGUGGAGAAUAUACCUUGUUGUGGAGAAUAUACCUUGUUGUGUAGAAUAUACCUGUUGUGAAUUACUGUGGAGAAUAUACCUUGUUGUGUGAAUAUACCUUGUUGUGGAGAAUAACCUUGUUGUGGAGAAUAACAUUGUUGUGGAGAAUAUACCUUGUUGUGUAGAUAUACCUUGUUGGAGAAAAUCUUGUUGUGGUAGAAUAUACCUUGUUUGGAGAAUACCUUGUUGUGAGAAUAUACCUUGUUGUGUAGAAUAUACCUUGUUUGGAGAAUAUACGUUGUGAGAAUAUACCUUGUUGGUAGAAUAUACCUGUUGUGGAGAAUAGACCUUGUUGUGAGAGAGAAUAGACCUUGUUGGGAGAAUAGACCUGUUUGGGAGAAUAUACCUUGUUGUGGAGAGAUAGAAUUACCUUGUUGUGGAGAAUAUACCUUGUUGUGGAGAUAGACCUGUUGUGUAGAAUAGACCUUGUUGUGUAGAAUAGACCUUGUUGUGUAUAAUAUACCUUGUUGUGGAGAAUAGACCUUGUUGUGGAGAAUAUACCUUGUUGGAGAAUAUACCUUGUUGUGUAGAAUAUACCUUGUUGUGGAGAAUAUACCUUGUUGUGGAGAAUAUACCUUGUUGUGGAGAAUAGACCUUGUUGUGUAGAAUAGACCUUGUUGUGUAGAAUAUACCUUGUUGUGGAGAAUAGACCUUGUUGUGGAGAAUAUACCUUGUUGUGGAGAAUAGACCUUGUUGUGUAGAAUAACCUGUUGUGUAGAAUAACCUUGUGUGUUGUUGAAAUAACUUGUUGUGUAGAAUAUACCUUGUUGUGUAGAAUAUACCUUGUUGUGUAGAAUAUACCUUGUUGUGUAGAAUAUAAAUGUUUGUGUAGAAUAGACCUUGUUGUGGAGAAUAUACCUUGUUGUGUAGAAUAUACCUUGUUGUGUAGAAUAUACCUUGUUGUGUAGAAUAGACCUUGUUGUGUAGAAUAUACCUGUUGUUUUGUAGAAUAUACCUUGUUGUGUAGAAUAUACCUUGUUGUGUAGAAUAUAAAUGUUUGUGUAGAAUAUACCUUGUUGUGGAGAAUAGACCUUGUUGUGGAGAAUAAAAUGUUGCCCAGAAUAUAACCCACAUACAUUACUGGGGAAGGGGAAACCCUUUGUAAAAAAAUUUAAUGAAAAAACCCUGAGAUGGUUUUUCAUUGGAUGAUAAAAAGAGAAAAGUGCCCCAUCCCCUAAACCCAAUGUUAUUUUGGGUUCCCAAAAUAUUUGACGCUUUAAUGUUAUCUUUGGGGGGUUUGUUUCCAGUCAAUUUCCCCCCUUUUAAAAUCUGGCCCCCUUCCCAAUCCCCAACAUUUAGCAGGGAAUUAAGCAAAAAAUUUUGGAGCUGCAAAAAUAAGUUCUAGGAAAUAUUAAAAAACAGGUUUUUUUUUUUUUCCCCUCCCCCUUAUGGACCUAACGCUUUCCCGGGUUUGUUUUUGGGAAAAUGGGAAAGGGGGUGUUUUUUUUUGACAGUUUUUUCCAAAUUCGGGCUAAUUAAAAGGUUGGUUCUGACGGGGCCCUUUAUUCCGCAGUGGGCCAGAGUCCAGAAGUAACAGAAGUAAGGGUUUGCUGUCUGUCCUUGAAAUUUGGUCCAAAAAACAGAACAGUCUUUUUUCUGUCCGAAAUUUGCCCCUUAAGGGAACAGCCCUGCUGUUCUGUCUGUCUGUAAUUUUUCCAGAAAGGAGGGGAACAGUUGCCCGGGGAAUGGCAAGGGGCAGGGGAAAGGGACCCAAGAGCCCAAGCCCCCCAAAAAAAACCCCCUUUUUUUUUUUUUCCCCCCCCCGGGGGGGAAAAAAAAUUUUUUUUCCCCUUUUUUUCCCCCCUAAAAACCCCCUUCCCCUUUCCCCCUUCACCCCUUGUUUUUGCCUUUUCCCCUCCCCCCGCCUUAGACACACCACACAUUGUCUGCGUUCCAAACAGCACCCUAUUCCCUUUAUAAUGCACUACCUUUGAACAGAGCCCAGAGGGGUUCCCAUAAGGCUUGGUCAAAAGUAGUGCCACUAUGUAGGGUGCCAUUUGGGAUGCAAACAUUUACUUGGACGAUCGCUCGACCCAGCAACCAGAUCUAGUUUCACUCAGCAGGGCGGCCCCCCGGGGAACCCCGAAAACCCCACCAAAACCUUUAAAGGGAGAGAAAACCCCUGCCCGCCCCGGGUCGUCUGAGCUUCUCUCUCGCCCCUCUCCAUCUCUCUCUCUCUCGCUCUCUCUCUAUCUCUCUUUUCUCUCUCCUCUUAUCCUCUCUCUCUCUUCUUCUCUUCUCCUCAACCCCAAGCAGCCCAAAGAGAACAAGAGCUUCAACUUUGAUCACUCCUACUGGUCACAUACCUCGGUAAGUACCUGUACCUCUGUCUGACUAUCUGUGUCCUGUAUGUCACCACAGCACCCAGUGAGGAGCACAACACGUGUUGAUUUUGAGUAGAGACUCUGAUUCGUUUUGGACAGGCACAAUAGGCUCGUCGUGCUUUUAGUCAGGUUCAUUUUCAAAUGAAUCAACCUUGUAGUUGCGUCUCGGUUUGUCCUGGUUGACCUGAAAAAGAAACUCCGGCACACUGGUAUUCUAGAACACUCCACAAACAAUUCAAUGAAUCUUUUCACCAAUGUUUUGGUCAAUAUGAAUGGUUACCUGACUCUCCGUGUUCUGUCUCUCCACAGCCCGAGGACAUCAACUUUGCUGGCCAGCAGCAGGUGUACAGAGACAUUGGUGAGGAGAUGCUGCUCCAUGCCUUCGAGGGAUACAACGUCUGUAUCUUUGCCUAUGGCCAGACCGGAUCUGGGAAGUCUUACACCAUGAUGGGCAAGCCGGACUUGAAGGACCAGGAAGGCAUCAUCCCUCUGGUAUACCGGAUAUACUGUUACCUCCGCACCAGGGUUGCAAAAUUCCAGUAAAUCCCUGGUAUUUCCUGGUUGGAAGCUUCCCGGGAAUCAGAAUGGAAUAAGCAGGAAAUCAGGAAUCCUUCCCAACCAGGAUUGCUGGAAAACCAGGCAAUUUUCAGAAAGUUACCGCAAUUUUGCAACUUUACUCAAGACCAAUCCAACACCUAGCUCUUCAUGCCUAAAGCACAAUGUUACACAACGCCUAUCUACGGACGGGUGUUGGAAACGAGUGCAAGCUGCACUGUGGUGCAACACAUCGGAAAAUGUUUUAUUCAAUGUGUCAAUGUGUUCGUAGUCUGUCCCUGUGCAGAUAUACCAUGUAUAAAUUGAUAAUAAAUGUUCACUUGCAAUCCCUUUGCUUUCUUUUCCCCCCUAGAUGUGUGAAGACCUCUUCACCAAGUUCAAUGAGAGUAAUAACGACAAUAGCAAGUCCUACUCUGUGGAGGUACGUACGUACUGUUAUCGUACAAGGCCUCUCAUUGGUCCUCACUGCUGCAUGAUGUCACAUCCGGUUUUCCUGUCUGGAUGCACUUCCUCUCACUAGAGUUCUUUCUCAAUUAAUCUUUCCUUCGUUCCAACGCAUCCUCUCUCCUUACUUCCUCAAAACACAUUGGAGGGGUAGAACCAAGGUCCCUUCCUUGCAUUUUGAGAAGGAUAUGAAGGAUAUAAGGAGAGAAGAUAUGAGGAGAGAAGAUAUGAGGAGAGAGGAUAUGAGGAGAGAGGAUAUGAGGAGAGAGGAUAUGAGGAGAGAGGAUAUAAGGAGAGAGGAUAUGAGGAGAGAGGAUAUGAGGAGAGAGGAUAUGAGGAGAGAGAUAUGAGGAGAGAGGAAUGAGGAAGAGGAUAAUGAGGAAUGGCAGAAAGACUAGAAAGAGCUAUUUGGUAAUAUAUCCCUAACCUCCCUCCUCCUCCCUCCCUCCCUCCCUCCCUCCCUCCCCCUCCCUCCCUCCCUCCCUCCCUCCCUCCCUCCUCCUCAGGUGAGCUACAUGGAGAUCUACUGUGAGCGUGUUCGUGACCUCCUGAACCCUAAGAACAAGGGGAACCCUGCUGCGUCAGGGAACACCCCUGAUGGGGGCCAUACGUAGAGGACCUGUCAAGCUGGCUGUCACCUCCUACAACGACAUCCAGGACCUCAUGGACUCUGGAAACAAGGCC